CAGCUGAUGCUACAUCGUCUAUCAAUUCCGAUUAAUAUUAAUUAAACUCGUUAAAAGCGUCGCGACAGUUCAAUCGAGUGAAUUAACAUGGCAAGUCUCCUACACGUCGAUUCGAGCGCGACAUUUAUGGCCGACGAAGUUGCUUCAAUAUGCCCCUUAUUAACACCUUCGCCGCCGACCAACGCUCUGGUUAACCCUCUGCCUGUAUCAGAAGAGUCGAAUUUUAUAUUGCCCGUGGACCUUGCGACGAAACUGCAACGGGUCGAAGAUCAUAAUGCAGAAGGAGCCGAUUCGGCGUCUUCGAAUUCUUCGACUUUGGCAGAACCCGCCUGCACCCAACUCCUGAGCGGGCAUAAACAGUAUCUGCACAAGAAUGAGGAAACCGUGACUGAGGAAACUGGUGGAAAAACCCAAAAUUUGCAGAUGACAUUUCGAAACCCUCCAGAAAACUACUUCUUCAUGAAAUGGAACUGGCCGGUGAUACGAAAAGUGUCCGCUUGGAUGUUUUUAGCCGGGAUUAUGGCGAUGAUCGCUGUUGUGAUUGCGAUGGUUUGGAAACUUCCAAAGACGUGCAACCCUCCUACGGAGUGGUACCAAGGGAAGUUAAUGUACGAGAUAUUCCCUGCUAGUUUUUCCGACUCGGACGAUGAUGGAAUCGGGGAUCUUAAGGGAGUAGCGCUACGUGUGGACUACUUGUCGUCGCUAGGUGUGCAAGCAGUUCGUUUGAACUCGAUCUUCGCAUCGCUCCAGUACCCAGAAAAUUACAACAACGUCACCACGCUCACUGAAAUUGCACCACAAAUAGGAAAGUUGGCCGAUUUGACUUUGCUUGUAAACUCGCUACACAAUGAAAACAUCCGCCUGGUACUCGAUGUGCCGAUAUGGCCGCUAAUUAAACGAUUAAAAAGGCGAGAUUUCACUAACGGCAGCAGCUUUAACGAGGAAAACUUUGAAAAUGACCCCAUCGAGGACGCACUCACGUUUUGGGCCAAUUUAGGCGUCGACGGUUUUUACCUGAAAGGGCUCGAGCUUCUGACCAACGACGAGUCGUUCUCCGCUAAUUUACGCAGCUGGAAACGCGUGUUGGGCUGGAACAAAAUAUUGAUUGUUAACCACGCGGUCAUUGACAGAACCCACCCCAAAUGCAUCCCUACAGUUUUAAAUAACAUAGAUCUUGUAGACGUCCGACUGGAAAUGACGGGAGGCGUCGAGAAGAUCAGCGAACAAUUGGAGUCAGUGCUCAACAGUACUUUGUUCGCCAAAGCGGGCAAUCCCUGGGUGCACUGGUCCCUAGGUAACGACGCCACCGCCCGCCUCACCAAUAAACUACCCUACACAAACGCCACAUUGGGAGCAACGCUUCUGCAGCUCAUGCUUCCGGGCACUCCAAGUAUCUUUUACGGGGACGAAAUUGGCUUACAGCAAAUCUCCGACCCCCACGAAGAUCGCAAGGGCCUGGAGCACUUACAUCAGCUCUCCGCCAUGGCGUGGGAGGCUCCAAACAGGCCGUUUACGCGCAAAGGAAUCCUGCCCUGGAUGCACAGCCAUCCGAUGCCCAUUAACUUCGCCCAACUCGAAAUUAUAUCAAAAAUGGUCUCGUUACGUGUAACAUCGCCCUCGAUUUACGUUAAUGCGAUCAACAAGGACGGCCUUAACAAAGCGAACGCCGAGAUUAAGUACAAGGAGAAUGAUCUCCUUGUAAUUCAGCGAUGGUUUCCCAGACGGAAGUCGUACGUUGUCGUCAGUAAUCUCGGUUUCGUGCACAUUUCGGCGGACCUGUCGACGCUUUUGUACGGCGGGCAGGUGGUCGUCGGGCCUACGGCGUCCUCCAAAAUCGAAACGCUGUCCUUCAAGGAAAUUUCCUUGUGGCCUGGGGAAUCGGUCGUCGUGUUGCUGGAUUAGAUCAUCCUAUGAAUUGUAACUAGGCAUUUAUUGUUGCACAAUAAAAAUUAAACGCGUAGUAUUUUUA